AUGGGGACUUCCCUUGAUGGCCUCAAUGCACCUUCCGGCUUGAGCCAGCGCAGGCAAGCCACGUUCAACCUUGAACUUCCACCUCCGACAGCUCUGCAAUUCAAUCCCUUGAUAUCAAGCCAGAAAUUUCUUCCUCUUUCCAGUAUCAACACAUCACAUCCUGGACCUCCGCCGGUCAGCGUGGGCCAGCUCCUGACACCUCCGUCCAACUCAGCCUCUGAGUCAGGCGCUGUCUCGUCUUCCAUCCCUACCGGAACCACUCCGAACAGUGCAGCAGUGCCAGUCUUGCCUUACACGCCGACGUUAUUUGGAACAGGCACCACACCGACCGGGUAUCAUACAGGGUUUACGCCACCUUCCUGGCAAAAUGGUCCGCUUGUCCCGGCACGAUCGAUGUUUUCGCCGAUGACAGGUGCACCACUCAGGACCAGUACAAGCUCUCCCACUGCUGGGGAAGCCUCAGCGUUGCCUCCGCCGCCCUACGACAUGCAUGCAGUUCAGCCCUAUGGUGGCCCCUUGCAGCUUUCCCCUCCUACGAGUGCCACCCACCCAAACGGCCAGCAUAACAUCAUACCGCCAUUGCAGCAGGGGGUCCGACCGCCCAGUCAGCAAUCACCUAUAACACCAGGUGAUGUGAGCAGGCCGGCUUCAAACCCUACGCUGUACACGACCAUACCUACAACGGCGCAUCCACACCACCCAGGCUACCAUUAUGCAUCGACUCCAGUAUCGCAAAGCCCUCAUCCCCAUUCGCUAUCCGCACCUCGUGCCUCCCCGACUCUUCAUCACGGGCAGGGGCCUACUCAACCUCCCUUCCUCCGGCCCCCGCCGCCCUCGUACUCGUUGCCGGGGAUGCCAGGACCCGUAAUGUCAAAUGUGCAUAGUCCUGGCGCCCAAAUGACCAUGCUGGGCAACAUGCAAACCAAUAUGUUGCCUAUGUCAUUCAACAGUGGUUAUGCCGCAAACCCCCAAGCUAUUUACGGCCAGCCACGUACAAACACCCCUCAUCAGCAGCCGACACACGAUCGGCCGUUCAAGUGCGAUCAAUGUCCCCAAAGCUUCAACCGCAAUCAUGACCUGAAACGUCACAAAAGGAUCCACCUUGCUGUGAAGCCAUUCCCAUGCAAUCAUUGCGACAAGAGCUUUUCUCGCAAGGACGCGCUCAAGCGGCACAUCCUCGUCAAGGGAUGCGGUAAUGGGAACCCGGCGGAAUCAACGAGGGAGGAUAAUGUCAAAUCCGAAUCCGGAAGCGAUGGUCUUAACGACAGUCCUACAGCUGCACCAGCAGCGUGA